CUAUCUCUCUAUCUAUACAUCUCUCUCUCUUUCUUUCUCCCUCUCUCUCUCAUACUUUUUUCUCUCCCACUUUCUCUCUUACUCCCUCUCUCUCUAUAUAUACAUGAAUUACAAACAUCAAUCAUAGAAUAUUGUGAACAUCGGUGUGUGUUUGUUUGUGUCCAGAUGACAUGCUUAUCAAGCUGUGGGACUGAGACAGGAAGUGGUUGUGUAGUCAGGUGUUCGAGGGCCACACCCACUAUGUCAUGCAGAUCGUCAUUAACCCUAAAGACAACAACCAGUUAUCCAGUGCCUCCCUGGACAGGACCAUUAAGGUGUGGCAGCUGGGUUCUUCCACCCCUAACUUCACUCUGGAGGGCCAUGAGAAAGGAGUCAACUGUAUCGACCGUUACACUGGAGGGGACAAGCCCUACCUUGUAUCAGGAGCUGACGACCGCCUGGUCACGAACUGGGACUACCAGAAUAAGACAUGUUUGCAGACUCUAGAGGGCCAUACCCAGAAUGUGUCCUGUGUCAGCUUUCACCCUGAGCUGCCAAUCAUCCUCACUGGCUCCGAGGACGGCACCGUGAGAGUCUGGCAUUUCAGCACGCACCGCCUGGAGAACACACUGAACUAUGGGAUGGAGCGUGUGUGGUGUGUGUGUGGCCAGCGAAGUGCCAAUAGUGUGGCGCUGGGAUAUGAUGAAGGCAGCAUCAUCAUCAAGCUCAAGGAUGAUCCAUGGGAGAGGCUGAGAUACAGGACGGAGAGAGGCUGUCCCUGUCCCUGGCUGUCAAAGACAUGGGCAGCUGUGAGAUCUACCCCCAGACCAUCCAGCACAACCCCAACGGCAGGUUUGUGGUGGUGUGUGAGGAACAAGAGCUUCGGUUCAGCACAGGAGUUUGUCUGGGGCCACGACUCCUCAGAAUAAAUCAAGUCAACCGCACCUAGACCACUCAUACAAGUCCUCUGUAGACCAUCCACUGUCUAGUCUGGUCAGGCUGACUUAACCGUUUUUGUUUCUAUGCUACUCGGGAGAGCACCAGCAUGGUCCAAAUAUUCAAAAACUUCAAGCAGAAGAAGUCUUUUAAACCAGACUCUGGGCAGAAGGGAGCUGGUGUGUAUUGCCACGAUGGAGUCUUUCUUUAUGCUGCGCUACCUGGCUGAGAAAGUGUUAACAGCACAGGAGAACAAGGAAGGAGUCACCGAGGACGGGAUAGAGGACUCCUUCGAGGAGGUGGUUAAGACUGGUCUGUGGGUGGGAGACUGUUUCAUCUACACCAGCUCUGUCAACAAACUCAACUACUAUGUAGGAGGAGAGAUCGUCACCAUCGCCCACCUGGACAGUUCCUGACAAUAUCCAGUAACUUCGCACAGCCAUUGAAGAGGAGUGGGACAACAUUCCACAGGUCACAAUCAACAGACCUGAUCAACCCUAUGAGAAGGACAUGUGUCGCACUGCAAGGAAUAUCCUGGAGGAAUCUGCAGGCUAUGUGCCAAAAGGAGUGUCAGCUGAACCAGAAGUAAAGUCUGAAAGCUCACACCUACUGUAAUACUGGACAUGACCAUAGCUGUUGUGUUUAGUGCUACUUACAUAACCCCUACUUUAGACACAACCAUUCAUUGUGAUUUGUCAACUUUUUAUUCUCAAUUAAAAUAUGCUAUUAUCACUG